AUGUUUAAGUUACUGAUGAUUGAUCCUAUUUGGUAUUACUUUCAUUCUAUACGUAUCUAUGACAUUCCCAAAUACAAGUAUGUUUCGGUUGCUGAUGAUAAUUUGGACGAACACCAAUUUCCUAACUUUGUUAACAAUCUUAGAGAUUCAAGAAUUGUCGGUUGCUCUUACGGCUUGUUUUGCUUGUAUGGUUAUGACCCAAACCGACCGUGUCUUUCUGAGAACAGAAAAAUAAGUUAUAUGGUUGUUCUCUGGAAUCCUUGGAUUCGAAAAUGUGUUGAUGUGUUUGUGCUGAAUGUUCUGUAUAAAGGGUGUGGAACUAUUUUAGGUUUUGGGGUUAGUCCUCAAACUAAGGACCCUAAGAUUUUUAAGAUUAAUAAUCCUGGAUAUCGAGUUGACACUUCAGUUCACGUCCCUUCACGUGUUGAGGUUUUUACUUUAAGCUCGGGGAUUUGGAAAAGUCCAUCAUGUAGCGGAAGAAACAAUAUCCCUUUUCGUAAUUCGAUUAGGUUUUGUUGGUCUCAGGUUGCUCUUGACGGGUUUAUUUAUUGGCAUGCCUUUGAGAGGAUUAACGUAGAUGGUAGAUGUUGUUUUCACAAUCUGAUUAUGUCAUUUGAUUUGAGUAGUGAGGGAUUCGAAGAAGUAUGCCUUCCAGAUAAUUUAGCAUGCCUAGAUAAGGCCUCUUUAUCUAUCUCUAAGCGAAUGGAGUCUGCUGUCGUGCUUGAAAUCAUGAACCUGAAAUUUGUGUUGUAUGGAUGA